AUGUCUUCGAGAAUAUCUUUACAGCAGCCAUACGUGGUCGCUACUUUACCGCGAUCAACACAGGCCCAAUAUGUAGUUGGGGAAGUCUUUGGCGGUUCACCUGGAUCAAAAAAAAGAAAGAGGUCAGAAUUGGCGGUUGGAAUUCAUGGAGAGGGUGUGAAUUUAUAUGAUGUAUCAUCUUCGAAAUUACUUACCUCUUACGCUCUGCCUCCUGGCACUUCAUUCUCUUGUCCGCCAUACUCUUCCAGGUCGAAAACGACGAAAACCAGAACCGAGCGAAGAACAUAUGUUUCGACAUCCGGCUCGGAGGAUCAAAUCACAUUGUUCCAUGAUAUUACGGAAGGGACUAGCACGUCACAAUCUACAUCAGUCACACACAAGCUCAGUCAAUCGAAAGCGCCAGUAGUUCAUUUGGGUGCUUUAGCCUCUUCCGGAUUGGAUGCGAUCAAAAAGUCGGAUAUAUUGAUUGUGAAGAAAGAUGGUGAGAUUCAAUGCUUAGAUGGUGAAAGUCUUCAGCUAUUAUGGUCUUCUCCUGCCACCGCCCUCGGUCGAGCUUCAUCAAUGACAAUGACCAAUAUCGAGGUGGAAUAUGCGCACAUCACAAAUGCCUAUUCCGCUGGGCAGGGAAUCUUGAAAGGUCGCCAGGAUGUUUUUGCAUUUUUCCCACAAGAAGUGACUGAGGAUGGCUUCAAUCCAGACAUAAUAAUUGUGAUUACAAAGUCAAAUGUGCAGGAAGCUGGAGAAAGUGUGCGUACAUUACACAUUGUAGCGUUACCAAGGAAGGCAACGACAUAUUUGAAUGGCACAACACAUUCUGUCGAAUCUCUUCUCGACGCCCCUCUACCAAUUCGCAAAGCUCCAAAGAAGAAAGCAACAGUUGGGAAAGCUUCCUUCGGUAUCAACGUUUCCGCCGGUAUUUUGCAGAUAUUGGAAGCGGAAGUGUUGACAACUUUGGAUUUACAUGAUACAUUCCCAAAGAUACAAUCCGAAAUCAACACUCCUGGUACUGGGUCAUUCCUUCGCCUUUCAAGCACUUCUAUCAUCAUGUCAACUCAACAAGCUAUUAGCAUUCUCAAUCCAAAAUACGAGUCUGUCUUGGCUACCAUCAAGUUGGAUGAUGAGACAAACAAAGAAUCACUCAAGCGCAAACGAGACUCUGACGAUAAGCAGAGACCACGAUUGGAUAUUCCUGCUCAAUUCAUAUCUUACUACCCCAAACUUGGGACAGCUUUGGCUAUCUCAGAUAAUGAGCUCGUUGCCGUUCAAGUGGAUUUCCAACCUGGCCAAGGAUCGAAAUCUCGAGCAUUUGGACUAUUGAUCGAUUCUCUUGGCUGCUCGGAUCCACAAGUUGUACGUGCCAAACCCGGAAAGGAGCCAUCACAUGGAAAGUGGCUUUUCGUGGAUCAUUAUCUUCCUGGAUCAAUGGGUAUGAAAGAAGAUGCAUGGGUAAAUGUGACGAGAGAACCUGAGAGGUGUGUCAAGAGUGGAGAUACUGCUGCUUUCGAGAAGGCGUUGGGCAGUAAGUUUGAUCAAGAUUGGAGCACCGAAACGUCCGAAAAUCCUGCAGACAAGAUUGCCAAGAUAGAGCCUUCUGAAGUCGAUCGUAGAUGGAUAUUAUAUGCACUAAGUAAGAUUUUUAGCUGGUCUCAGAAUCUGGAAGGAAUGUAUGAACUCUCUAUUGUUUUCUAUCCUCCUAGACUUUUUAGGUGGUUGCUUCAAACAGGAAAUAUGACGAUUCUUAAUAUUGAAUCAGCAUUGAGACAAGAGAUUCGAACCUCACUUUCUGGCCCAAUACCAGCUGGCCAACUUGUCAAUGCUAUUGUUAAGUUGGACCGGGAAAUGGAAUUACUACUUCAUCUUGUUUCGUCCAACUUACUCGGCGCAGCGGAACUUCUCCACGCGAUUCGAAAAUUAAUGGAAACUAUGGAUUUGUUUGAACUGGGAGACUGUUCAAGCCCAAAGCAAGCAUUGCUGACAAAUGGGGAAGACGCCCCCUUGGAAACUGAUAAUGCUGAAGAGGAAGUACAAAGACUUGAAGCCGAGGCUGAAGAUGAUCUCCAACUCGCCGAAUUUCAAUUAGGAGAAGGUUCUGGUGUCAGAGGUGAAGCCUUGAAUGUGGCUCUCUCAAAACUCUAUACAUGUCCAGACAAUAAGAUUACGGAAGCUUUACAGACAACUUUUACAAGUCAAGAAACGGUAUCACUAAUCUAUAUUUUGAGAGUCGAAUUGGCUAAAGGUGGAUGGACGGGUCGAUACCUUGAUAUCUUGGAAAUAGAUGAUGACGAAGUUGAGGCACCUGAUAAUUCCAUCAUUCUCAUCUCCAGCUUACUCAACAAUUGUGUUGAUGCUCUUGCAGCCGGUGGUUGGUUGACUGGAAAUGCAAGAUUGAUCAAUGGUGAUCAAUCCGAAUCCGAAGCAUUCAUUGGAACAUUGAAAAUGGAAGUUAGUGCCGCACUCGAAGGUAUCGAAACGGCUGUUUAUCUCAAGGGAUUGACAUCCGAAAUGGUCCGUUACGGGGAUUCCGUACUUAAAACCCUUGGCAAUGAAGAUACUGGACGAAUGGCCAAGUCAAUAUUGACACUUCCUUCGGGCGAAAAGGAUCUCUCGAUAUUACCCAUUGGACUCAAGGCCGAGAAACAAAUUUCUCGUCUUCGUGUAGGUGCAGGAGGAGAAAUUCAAAAGAGAAGUAAGAGAGAUAUUGGAAGAUUGUUGAGUAGACAAGUGGGAAAAUAUACAAGAGAAAGAAUUGUUGUGUGA